UAUACGACCGUGCUCGCGACUCGACGAGUGCUGUAGAAGUAUACCGAAUAGCAAGAUUGUUGAAUAAUGGAGUAAAGCCGAGUUUGAUGAAGUAGACAUUGUUUAACAGCUUGGUAUAACCUAUAGGAAAACAUGGACGUUCGAUUGAAAAUGCACUUGACAUGCACGAUACUGAUGUCUCUUCUGGCAGCGUGUCACACUUGGGUCCCGGACAGCUUUGCUAAGACCGAACAUUCCAACAACUGGGCGGUCUUGGUCGACACGUCGCGCUUCUGGUUCAACUAUCGACACGUGGCAAAUGUCUUGUCCAUCUACCGGAGUGUGAAACGCUUAGGAAUACCAGAUUCGCAAAUCAUUCUUAUGAUAGCCGACGAUAUGGCAUGCAAUCCUCGAAAUCCUAGGCCAGCGACUGUCUUCAACAACAUUAAGCAGCACAUUAACGUUUACGGCGACGACGUCGAGGUCGACUACAGAGGCUACGAAGUAACGGUGGAAAAUUUUGUCAGGCUACUGACCGGACGUUUAGCUCAGGAAACCCCACGGUCGAAGAAGCUGCUGACAGACGAGGGCUCAAACAUUCUUAUUUAUUUGACUGGUCAUGGUGGUAAUGGCUUUUUAAAGUUCCAAGACUCCGAAGAGAUCACUAGUCAAGAGUUGGGAGACGCGUUGGAGCAAAUGUGGCAGAAACGGAGGUACCACGAAAUUUUAUUUGUGGUCGACACUUGCCAAGCGAGCUCGAUGUACGAGAAGUUUUACUCGCCGAACAUACUGGCGGUCGCUUCUAGUUUAGUGGGAGAAGAUUCGCUUUCCCAUCACGUCGAUCCUGCGAUCGGCGUUUACAUUAUAGACCGAUACACUUAUUACGCGUUAAACUUUUUGGAAAAAGUGGAACCAUCUAGUACUAAAACACUGGGUGAAUUUUUGAAAGUGUGCCCGAGAGAUUAUUGUCUAUCUACAGUGGGUGUAAGAAGAGAUUUGUUCAGAAGAGAUCCAGAUAAAGUGCCAGUGACAGAUUUCUUUGGUUCGCUCAGGCCCGUAGAACUUACAACGAACAUAAUGAAUAUUUUACCUGUUAAAUCCAAUUGUACAAAAAGUGAGGAAUCUGAAAACAGGUAUAAUUAUGUGGCGCAAUUUCCGCAAGUAUCUCGGUAUACUUGAGUAAAAGAAGUGUUUCUCCUAGC